UAAACGGUUGUAUUUAUGAAUACGAUUCUGUGCAUCCAAUUCCUCUUUAAUGUGCUUAAGCAACAAACAAUGGAGAGCAGAGAGAAAAUUAGACAAGCCGCAAGACAAAGCCAUGUCCUGGUUUUUCCUUAUCCAAUACAAGGUCACAUAAACCCUAUGCUUCAAUUCUCAAAACGUUUAGCUUCACAAGGUCUUAAAGUAACCCUAAUUAUCACAACCUCCCUUGCCAAAACAAUGCAAGUACCUCAACAAAGCUCCAUCAACGUCGAAACAAUCUUCGACGGGUUUAAAGAUGGCGAAAAAGCCUCAACUCCCAAAGAAUACAUAGCUACUUUUCAAGCAACUGCCCCGAAAAGCUUAGCUGAGCUAAUAGAAAAACACGGCGAAUCUUCCGAACCAGUGAAUUGUGUAGUAUAUGAUUCAAUUAUACCUUGGGUUCUUGAUGUUGCUCGAAGAUUCGGAAUUUACGGGGCUUCGUUUUUCACUCAAUCUUGCGCGGUUACGGGUUUAUAUUACCAUAAGACGAAAGGAGCAUUAAAGGAAGUUUGUUUGGAAGAGGAGAAUUCAGUGUUGGUGCCUUGUUAUCCUGAAAUGGAAGUGGAUGAUCUGCCAUCGUUCUUGAAUGGUGCCGGUUCUUAUCCAUUUAUAUACGAUCUUGCUUUUAGUCAGGUUUCAAAUCUUGAUGAGGUUGAUUGGCUUCUCUGUAAUACCUUCAAUGGACUUGAGGAUGAGGUUGUGAAUUGGAUGGCAAAGAAAUGGCCAAUCAUGACAAUAGGACCCACAAUUCCAUCAAUGUUCAUAGACAAACAAUUGGAAGAUGACAAAGACUAUGGUCUCAGCCUUUUCAAGCCCAAUUCAGAAGCUUGCAUCAAUUGGCUACACUCCAAACAACCAUCCUCUGUUGUCUACGUGUCCUUUGGGAGCCUGGCUGCCCUAGGAGACGCUCAAAUGGCUGAGCUGGCAUGGGGCCUGAAAAGGAGCAACUGUAAUUUCUUAUGGGUGGUAAGAGAAUCGGAAGAGAAAAAAUUACCAACAAACUUUUUGGAUGAAAUAACAGAAGAUAAGGGUAUAAUCGUAAAAUGGAGUCCUCAAUUAGAAGUUCUUGCUCACAGGUCCGUGGGAUGUUUUGUGACUCAUUGCGGUUGGAACUCAACACUUGAAGCAUUGAGCUUAGGAGUGCCGAUGGUGGCAAUGCCCCAAUGGACCGAUCAGCCAACCAACGCGAAGUUCGUUGCCGAUGUUUGGCGAGUAGGAGUUAGAGUAAAGACGGAUGAAAAUGGAAUUGUGACGCAAGAAGAGAUUGAGAAAUGUAUAAAGGAAGUCAUGGAAGGCGAAUCAGGAAAGGAAAUCAGAAGAAAUUCCGAAAAAUGGAACAAAGUUGCUAAAACAGCUCUAGAUGAAGGUGGAGGCUCGGAUAAGAACAUUCAGAAAUUUGUGACACUUUUGUGUACUUCCAUCAAUGGUUCUAAAGAUUGAAACAUUUUCUUCUAUUGUACAAGGGAGAAAUGCGUAGUAGCUAAACUCUACGAUAUGUUUUAAACUGGUAUUUAAACUUCAA